GACAAGGACAGAAAGAAAAACACAGUGAGCAAGAGUUUCACCGGUGAGUGAAGGCAUGACUGGUGCAAACCACCGGCGUUAUUAAGAAGCACGAAGUAGACUCUUAAUCUGCGGGUAUGUUGGACCUGAGUGUGGGGUGGAACCUGUCGUUCGCCGGUUGCGGGUUUUUAGGGAUUUACCACCUCGGUGUUUCCAGCUGCCUCCUAGAGCGCGCGCCUUACCUCGUCCACCGAGCCAACAAGAUCUACGGAGCUUCAGCUGGAGCUCUCAAUGCAGCUGUGCUCACCAGCGGAUCAUGCCUAGAAAAAUGUUGCGGGAAUGUGAUCGAGGUUGCUAAGGAGGCCCGGAAGCGCAACCUUGGCCCUCUGCAUCCCACCUUCAACCUAGUCAAAGUGCUGCGCUCGGGCCUGCAGCGAGACCUGCCUGAAGAUGCACACACACUCGUCAGCGGCAGGCUGUGUGUGUCUCUCACACGCGUCAGUGACGGGGAGAACGUGCUGGUUUCAGACUUCAGCUCCAAAGAUGAGCUCAUUCAGGCACUCAUCUGUAGCAGUUUCAUCCCUGUUUAUUGUGGUCUGUUCCCUCCUGCCUUCCGUGGAGUCAGGUACGUUGAUGGUGGGAUGAGCAAUAAUCUCCCCCAGUCAGAGCUGAAGAAUACCAUCUCCAUCUCACCGUUCUCCGGAGAAAGUGACAUUUGUCCCAAAGACAAUUCGAGCAGCUUCCACGAACUGCGUUUCACCAACACUAGCAUUCAGGUCACCUGGGGAAACGUGUGCAGGCUCAGCAAAGUGUUUUUCCCUCCCGAGCCUAAGGCAAUGGCAGAGCUAUGUCAGCAUGGGUAUAAAGAUGCUCUACGAUUCCUUGAGGACAACAAUCUGUUGCAAGUUGAAUGUCCAAAAGUAGAUCUAGCCUUGACGCGGGACACGCCCACCUGCUGCUGUGUCACUGAGUCGACACAAGAGUGGAUGCUGCGAAGAUUCCGCCUCCUCGGGGAGCAUCACUGGUGGUUGGACAAGCAGCUUGUCAAUUACCUGCCCACACCUAUUAAGAAAGUGUUCUGUGAGGCGUGUAAAGAGAAGCAUGGCCUAAUGGCUCAGAUCACUGGUCUGUUGCCGGUACGUGUGGCUUCCUACAUGCUGAUGCCCUACACGCUGCCAGUAGAGUCGGCUUACUCAGCAGUCCAGAGGUUUGUGGAAUGGAUUCCAGAGGUGCCUGCUGAUACACGCUGGCUAUGUGAGAUAGCAGGAAGUGUUUAUAGACAUGCCUGGAAAGGAGAAUCCUCAAAAGGUGGCUUUCCAUUGCGGCGGUGUGUAAGUGGACCACCCUCACUGGACCUGCAGCCACAUGACAUGGAGCACAAUAGACACGCCGCUUUUUCUGUUGCUGAUUUGCGUGAUUACAGCUGGGAUUACUCAGAAAGCCCUGAGGACCCCGACAGUCCGUGCACAUCUCCUGAGCAGAUCAGAAUGUAUGUUGGCUCACAGGACAAUUCUGAGAGCUGAAUACAGCAAGACAUGGAAAUGGAAGUCUGAAAAUACUGGUGUUUCACACACCAUAAAUGUGUGUGAGAGAGAUGAGGGGGUUUUAUGGUGGAGUUUUGCCUUAAUUCCACUUUUUCUAUUCACCAUCUCUCACCAGUAACACUGGUCUAAGCUCCCAACUGCACUUUAAACUAGAGUUCAUCAAAAUGUCCUGUAAAAUAACCAACAAAUAUUAACAGAAUGGUAGCAUUUGUGGAACAAAAAGUCACAUGAUAUAAUGGUGAAGGUAGUUUUUUAAAUAAUGAUGGCUGUGACAUUUCUACGUGCACCUCAAAAGAGAAAACAAACAACCAAUGUCACCUCAACAGAAAUAAAAUGUUGGGUAAAAUGUGUUGUCCAAAUAAAUAAUUGAUUUCUGUGAAACCUAAUUAUAAUAAUGUGAAUAAAUACAAUAUACAGUCAACCCCAGAA